AUGCAGCUGCUGCCCCGCCUCCACCACUCUCCAGCAGCGCACCUGCAGCGCAGUGCGGGCCCGGCAAGAUGAGGCUGCGCUCAUCGCUCUUCGCCGUCUGCGGCCUCCUGCUGCAGCUCUUCGGGAUGGCCAUCUUCCUGCGCGGCUUCUUCCCCGCUCCCGCAAACACUUUCGGCGCCGCCAAAGCCCGGGCAUCGGCCGCGCCGGCGGAGCCAGCCGGAGGCCUGGCAUCAAACCGGACAGGGCUACCAUCUCCAUUGUUUGGAAGAGUGGUGAUUAUGCUGGUGGAUGCUUUGAGGGAAGAUUUUGUGUUUGGACCUAAAGGAAAGCAAUUCAUGCCACAUACACAACAAUUGGUUGAGCGAGGUUCAUCACACAGUUUCAUUGCGAAGGCCUGGGCACCAACAGUUACCAUGCCCAGAAUUAAGGCAAUGAUGACUGGUAAAAUACCUGGAUUUAUUGAUAUUAUCAUGAACCUAAAUUCUCCCACUCUGCUGGAAGACAAUCUGAUCUGGCAGGCAAAAGCUGCUGGAAAAAGAACCAUGUUCUACGGUGAUGACACUUGGAUCCGAAUGUUUCCUGAUCAAUUUAUAGAACAUGAUGGAACUACAUCCUUCUUUGUGUCUGAUUACACUGAGGUUGAUGAAAAUGUAACACGACAUUUGGACAAAGUACUUGAAAGAAACGACUGGGAUCUAUUAAUUUUGCACUACCUUGGAUUAGAUCAUAUUGGCCAUCUGGCCGGACCCAACAGUCAUCUGAUUGGACCAAAACUCUCAGAAAUGGAUAAUAUUAUUCAGAAGAUUCAUACAGGACUUGUAUUCAAGGACGGUGAAGCCCCUCUACCUAAUUUAUUGAUAUUGUGUGGGGAUCAUGGUAUGUCAGAUACAGGUAGCCACGGAGGAUCGUCAAGUCAUGAAGUGAACACUCCACUAGUUUUUAUUAGCCCUGCCUUCAGAAAGAAAAAGUCAUUUGAAUCUGAAUACGUCGAGCAAACUGAUCUCACGUCCACUUUAGCAUUAGGAUUUGGUUUACCAAUCCCACGGAACAAUUUGGGACAUCUCAUUCCAUCUGUCUUCGAGGAAAGAUCUCUACGAGAACAGCUAAGAUAUUUGCAUCUUAAUGGCUACCAACUUAGUCUACUGAUUCAAGAGAGUAUUCCUGCAUUUGAGAAAGAUGCUGGGUACAAAUUAUUUCAAAUAGCGCAAAAAUCCCAUGGUUCUUGGAUCAAACUUUACUUGGAAGGUAACACUUCAGAGACUCUUGCAAACCUCGGAAAGAAGGUGUUGAGGCAGUAUUUGGAUGCAGUGAAGUUCAUGAGCUCCUCGCUUUCCAAAAUUGUGGCACAGUAUGAUUUGUACUCGAUGAUUGUAGGAACCAUCAUUGUGGUGGAGGUCAUUUUCCUCCUUGUCGUAUGUACCCCAGAGGCAUUGGGCAGCACUGCAGAAUUUGAAGUGCCUGUGUUUUCACCAUUCUACUCACUACUGUUCUACCUGCUGUGUCUGAUGUUUGCAGCUGUUCAUGUUGUUGUGUGCACAUCAACCUCAACAUCUUGCUACUUUUGCAGUCUAUCCUGGCUGCUGGUUGCAACAGUGGUCAUACUGAUAUCUGCCUUGCAGUGUGUGCUCUUUUCAACUCUUUGGAAGUGUUUUGCUAAUGGAAAACCUCAACAGAAGAGUUGUGCGGUAGAUUGUUCCAGCUGGUCAGAGCUGAACCUGGUCCUAUUGCUUGGGAGCAUUGGACACACUGUGAGUCUGGCCUCCAGCAGUUUUAUAGAAGAAGAACAUCAAACAUGGUUCUUUUUAGUCAACACACUUUUACUGGUGUUCUUUCAAGACACCUGCCGGAAAUAUUUUGCUGUCAGUGACCCAAAAGGUAAAGCCACAAAAUGGAAUCCAGAAGAUAUUGAUUGCAAUGAACAGCAGACCGCAAUCCAUGGCUUAUUUGAAACUUCCGAUCUUGACCCAAAAGAUGAUAAAUCAAAAAGUUAUACACGGUCCGAUAGAAAUUUUGAAAAAUUGUUGGUAUUAUCGAGUCCCUGGGUUAUCCUUGUGUUUUGUCGGCUGCUCCGCAGUCUAAAUCAGACAGGGAUCAAAUAUGCUGAGAAGCCCGACAUCGGCCACUGGCUGACAAGCUCCAAUCACAGAAUAGAACUCUCCACAUUGACAGCAAUUUCCCUGCUUUUGAUCUUUGUCUUGGUUCAGAAGAAGGGUUCCUUUGUUUCCAAAGCAGCUCUUGCAUUGGGGCUGGUGGGAAUUUACUGCUAUCGUGCAGCAGUUGGGAAUGUGGUUUUUCCAUGGAAGCUGGAUAAACAGUAUGUGUCCAAGGGUAUUAUCGAAGCACGUUUUGUUUACGUAUUUAUACUUGGCAUACUUUUCACGGGAGUUAAAGACCUUCUGAAAUCUGGAGUUGUUUCAUCUGACACAGUGACAAACAGUCGGGGACUCUGGGAAAUAUACAAUGGACUCGUGCUCUUGGCUGCAUUACUACUGCGCCCUCACAACCUGCCAGUGUUAUUGUUUAUCCUUUUGGUUCAAAUGAUUUUGACCAGAUUUAUUUGGCGGAUAUUGGAUUAUGAUGCAGCACAAAUUACCAUCAUAUAUUACUGGUUUGGCCAGGCCUCCUUUUAUUUUCAGGGAAAUUCAAACAGCAUCGCAACUGUGGAUAUUUCAGCUGGUUUUGUGGGUUUUGAGGACUAUGUGAAGCUACCGGCAAUCUUCCUAACGAUAUUUGGUACUUAUAUUGGCCCUCUGCUGUGGGCAGUGCACCUCACCUGUUAUAUGAGCUCAGAAAGAAGCAGGUAUUCUUCUGCUUCAGUUGGACACAGCUGUUACUGUUUUAUUCUGUUGCGGGCCAUUCCAGCAGCAGUUUACAUUAUUCUAAUUACCUCUCUACGCUAUCAUCUAUUUAUAUGGAGUGUUUUCUCACCUAAAUUACUCUAUGAAGGAAUGCACACGCUAGUGACAGCAGCAGCUUGUAUCAUGUUCACAGCAAUGGAUCAGAAAAGAAUGUUUAAAACUUUAUCUUAAAAACUGUAUUGCACUGAAUUUGCUUGUGGUGUUUUUCAAAAAAAUCUGUAAUGUAACAAAUUGUUGUAAAGGAAAACAUUUGAAUUGAUGGUGAUGCAAAUGAAACCUACACUUUUCUACUGUUUUUAUAAUUCACAAAUAUACCCCUGUGCUUGGGGUAGGGGCAUAAAGAGAUGGUCAGGAGUGGAUGGAGUUUCUCUUUUAAGCAUUAAAAAGACAACAACAGAUUGGUCUAUCACACAUCUUUACAAUCACAAUUCUAUAUCUUUUGUCUGGUCACAAUCCAGAUGUCUGUGUUGUUUUGAGAAAUCCACCUUUGCCCGUGUCCCCCUGUCCUCAUUGGGUCUGCAAAUUAUUUCCUUUUAGUUACCUAUCCUGUUCCCUUUUACAUGCUACAGUUGAAUUGUCUCCAUUUUCUUCAUUACUACCUCUGCUGUAGUUUAUUUAUGUUAGUGCAAAGCAGACUGCUAAAUAGCUGUUGACCGUUCGUGCUAUCAAAGGUUGGUUUCCUGCCCAUUGAAUGAUGUGCUUCUAUAAUCAGUCUGAAUUUGAAUAACAAUGUAAAUUUGUGUCUUUAGUGAUUUUAAACCAAUAGUUUUAAUGUUUCUCGAAGAUUUCCCAAGUCGUUUUUAUUAACCGAGUUAACUAAAUGUUAACUAAGAAUCGUUUUAUAAAAUGUCAGUCAUUAUUUUGAUGGGUUCAUUUUGACUGUGCUUGGUGUCCGUUAACAAUGGCCAUACGAGGUCAAAUAGCUGUGGGUUCAUGUCCAACUUUGGAGCUUUGAGGCAACAUUGAAGGCUGAUGUAGUGCAGUGUUGAUGGAACAUUACACACAGUUGAUGCUGUCCUAUUGAGAUUGAUGAAAAACAGGGAUACAAAAAGAAAGAUUCUAUAAAGUAAUCUUGAACUUAGUUAGACAUAGACAGAAUGUGGGAGCCCAGGGACACAGGUGGAGCCUCUAGCUGCUACAACUGUGGCAAGUGCGUCCAGCUUCAGCUCCUAAAUGACCGUGUUGGGGCACUGUCUCUCGAGAACAGAACACCUCUCUCUCGAGAAUGUUCAGAAUUUGGCUCGUGACAUCCUGAACCCAGCAGCAGGGAGGCAACAAACCAUCCUCGCAUCUCGUCUGCCGCCACAGAAUCUUCUGUCUGCUCCUCGGACAAUGGAGUCACCCACCACUAGGGCUCUGCCCUACGUUGGUCUCACCGGUCGAGUCCCAUUUCCAGGAUUGGAGCCACCGACAUGUCCGCCGCUCGGACUGGAAACAUCGUCUCCCCGGACAGUGCCCAAGAGGGCGUACCUGUUUUCAUUAGGCACAGCCACCUGGGUCUUCUGCACUCCACGAUUUCCUCCCUUUCUCUCCGUCACACACCUUGGUUCUUCCCCUAACCUUGGCGUGACCACCUCACUGUGGGUCCUGUCCAGCAAACUCUCGUUUUCCUGGAUGGGCCAGUUAGAAACUGGCAAGUAUGAUGUUGGAAUUACUGAGACAUGGCUGCAAGAGGGCCAGGGCUGGGAACUGAAUAUUCAAGGGUAUACCUCCUAUCGAAAAGACAGACAGGUGAGGUGGGCAGAGGGGGUGGGGUUGCCCUUUUGGUGAGGAAUGAAAUUCAGUCCCUUGCAAGGGAUGACAUUGAAGCAGGAGAUGUGGAGUCAGUAUGGAUAGAACUAAGGAAUUGUAAGGGUAAAAAGACCUUAAUGGGACUAAUCUACAGGCCCCCCAAACUGUAGCCUGGACAUAAGGCGCAAGUUGAAUCGAGUUAAAAUUGGCAUGUAGUAAAAGCAAUGCUGUGGUUGUUAUGGGACAUUUCAACAUGCAGGUAGACUGGGAAAAUCAGGUUGGUACUGGACCCCAAGAAAGGGACAUUGUAGAGUGCCUUCAUGAUGGAUUCUUUGAACAGCUUGUAUUGUAGCCGACCAGGGAGAAGGCAAUUCUGGAUUUAGUGUUAUGUAAUGAACCGGAUUUGAUGAAGGACCUCAAGGUUAAUGAGCCAUUAGGAGGCAGUGACCAUAACAUGGUCAGGUUUAAUCUACAAUUGGAGAGGGAGAAGAGUAGAUCGGAGGUGUCAGUGUUGCAGUUGAAUAAAGGGGACUAUGGGGCCAUGAGGGAGGAGCUGGCCAAAGUUGACUGGAAAGAUACACUAGCAGGGAUGACAGUGGAACAAAAAUGGCAGGUGUUUCUAGGAAUAAUACAGAAGGUGCAGGAUCAGUUCAUUCCUAGGAGGAAGAAAGAUUCCAAGGGGAGAAAGGGACGACCAUGGCUGACAAGGGACGUCAGGGACAGUAUAAAAAUUAAAGCGAAGAAGUACAACGUAGCAAAGAUGAGCGGGAAGCAAGAGGAUUGGGUAAUGUUUAAAGAACAACAGAAGAUAACCAAAAAGACAAUACGGGGAGAAAAGAUGAGGUACGAAGGUAAGCUAGCCAAGAAUAUAAAGCAGGAUAGUAAAAGCUUCUUUAGGUAUGUGAAGAGGAAAAAAUUAGUUAAGACCAAAGUUGGACCCUUGAAGACCGAAAAAGGUAAAUUUAUUAUGGGGAACAAGGAAAUGGCAGAUGAGUUGAACAGGUACUUUGGAUCUGUCUUCACUAAGGAGGACACAAACAAUCUUCCUGAUAUAGUAGUGACCAGAGGAUCUGGGGUGAUGGAGGAACUGAAGGAAAUCCACAUUAGGCAGGAAAUGAUGUUGGAUAGACUGAUGGGACUGAAGGCUGAUAAAUCCCCAGGGCCUGAUGGUCUGCAUCCCAGGGUACUUAAGGAAGUGGCUCUAGAAAUCGUGAAUGCAUUGGUGAUAAUUUUCCAAUGAUCUAUAGACUCGGGAUCAGUUCCUGUGGAUUGGAGGGUGGCUAAUGUUAUCCCACUUUUUAAGAAAGGCGGGAGAAAAUGGGGAAUUAUAGACCAGUUAGCCUGACAUCGGUGGUGGGGAAGAUGCUGGAGUCGAUUAUAAAAGAUGAGAUAGCCGCACAUUUGGAUAGCAGUAACAGGAUCGGUCCGAGUCAGCAUGGAUUUACGAAGGGGAAAUCAAGCUUGACUAAUCUUCUGGAAUUUUUUGAAGAUGUAACUAAGAAAAUGGACAAGGGAGAGCCAGUGGAUGUGGAGAGGGGAUCUCAUUGAAACAUAUAAGAUUGUUAAGGGCUUGGACACACUAGAGGCAAGAAACAUGUUCCUGAUGUUGGAGUCCAGAACCAGGGGCCACAGUUUAAGAAUAAGGAAUAAGUAGUAAGCCAUUUAGAACGGAGACGAGGAAACACUUUUUCUCACAGAGAGUGGUGGGUCUGUGGAAUUAUCUGCUUCAGAGGGUGGUGGAGGCAGUUUCUCUGGAUGCUUUCAAGAUAGGGCUCUUAAAAAUAGCAGAGUCAGGACAUGGGGAGAAGGCAGGAACGGAGUACUGAUUGGGGAUGAUCAGCCAUGAUCACAUUGAAUGGCGGUGCUGGCUCGAAGGGCUAAAUGGCCUACUCCUGCACCUAUUGUCUAUAUACCUGACCUCUUACUUUGAAAGCCAUAAUUUUAAACGUAGUCCCAUAAAAUCCAAAGGUGACUGAUUUAUUUUGUUAUAGAUUUGAUUGUGGUGUGAUUGAUUGUAGUUUCCAAACACUGGAGCUUGUAGAUGGACCACAGUGACAUUGUCUCUGCAAAAAUCUUAGAGUGCUGACAGAACUCAGCAGGUCAGAUUGCAUCUGUGUAAGGAAAUGGACAAGAAGUUUCAGAUCCAUCCUGUCUGGUUGCUGAGUUCUUCCAGCACUGUAUUUUGCUCAAGAUUCCACCAUCUGCAGUCCCCUUUGCAUUCCUUAUGAUUAUUUUUAUAGACUUUAUAAAAAUUUAAAACAAAUUUUAGACACUCCUUUCAAAUCUUGGUAGUUGUGCAAUAACACGUUAGUUACGUUCCUAAGAUACCUCGUGUUAUAGAAAAUCUCAAGACAAUUGUCAAUGGGGGAAAAGGGAGUUGGGGCUAGAGAGUUUCAGACUCAAAAUAACAAAGAUAUUUUUCCCCACAGGAAAUUCAAAACUAAAGAUCUUUUCAAUAGCAAUAAUUAUUUUUGUUGUUUAAAAAUAAUGUUACAUUGAUUAAUAGAGUAUCUUUGCACAAUCAAAGUGACUACUUGUCAAUUUCAGUGGCCGACCACAGUUAAAAUAGCAGCUAUCUUAAGAGACACUGUCUGAUUAAUGUUUUAGCUUUUCUUCUUGUUAAUUUCCAAGGUAACUUUUUAAUGGUUCUCUUGUUAUGGAGUUCUCUAAUUCAUAAUACGUUAUAUCCAAUGCAUGUUAAUGGAAAUGCAGAUUUUAGCAGAACUACCUAUACUGUGUUCAGACUGGAUGGUGGGAAUUGAUGGUCACUAAACGCAUCUUAUCUGUUCUUCCAAUUUACUACUUGAUAAUGACACCAAUUAUUUGAUCUAUUUUUUAAUGCAGAGGAAUAAAGUGACUUAUUUUUCAGAA